AUGAACUCCAACUCGGUCAAUAUGCCACAGUCGGAGCUGAAGUGCAACAUCUGCCCCCGGAAGCCCAAGUUCAGCGAUGUCUCUCACCUUCUGACCCAUGUGAGCUCGAAAGGGCAUCUGUCUCACUACUUCAAGCUACAGGUACGCAGCCAGCAGGAACCCCAGGCUGGUGAGCUGCUGGCUGCGUAUGACCGGUGGUAUAAGCAGAAUAAGCUGGCCAACCUGUUGUCAGACCGUAUGCUAGCAAAAGAAGCCCGGACUGGCAAAGGCUCCCGAGCCAGUAACCGCUCAAGUCUUCCGGUUGCCUUUUCCCAUCAGCCGUCGACAACUGUGGCUCCACCUACCAACCGGAAUGCCUCCAUUACAUCCAGUCCUAGGAGAGGUUCGCUUCCUAGCUUCUUGGAUCCCCAGCUCUCUCAGAAUUACUAUACCUACGACGCUCAAGGAAACCGUAUCUCUGGCAGAACAUACUCUCCCAUGUCUGUUUCGAGUAUGAUCAACCCCAAUCCUCAGCCUGGAUAUGGCUGGCACCAACAAACUCAAUAUCAGCCCCAGACCACUUUGCAAGCCUCGUCGGUGCAAACCGUAUGGAAGGAUGGAGAUGAGACGGAGUCAGACGGAGAGGGAAGUCCUCUGAUGGCCAGGCGAAUGAGGAGAGGGUCGUUGCUACACCCAUCUCUUCGCUUUGUUCGGCGAUCCAUAACUCCCGACCCCUUCAUUGACGAUGAUGCUGCUUAUGAGUAUGAUGACCAGGAAGACCAGAGUCAGCGUGGAAGCGAUGAGGUGAACCGGCUGAAAGGGGUCUUUUGGCCUGGGAUGGAUAUUUUUGAUUCUGCAACUGAAGAAAUGAGACGUAAACGCAAUCAGAAGAAGGAUGGUUCCAUUAUCAAGCAAAUGGAAGAGACAUCCGAAAGCGUCGAACCUACCGAGCUAGUGUUCUCCCCUAACGGUACCCUUCGGAAACAGCGUGUCAUCUCUGGGAUGGUUGACGAUAGUAGCCCACUGAAGGGAGAGACUCCUAUCCCGAAGACGAAGGUAACCCGUCCUCGUAGACGACCUAUGUCUCAGUUGAGUGGAAAUGUGCAGAUGGCACAAAACAGGUACAGGAUGAGGAUUAGGGAGCAGAGCCGCGCUGCUCAGCUCGAAAAGCUGUCUCAGCAGGCAUUACUGCUCGGUGGUCACGGCGAUCCGAUGAACUAUCCUCCGCUGGACACCCACCGCAAUGCGCUCUUUAACACAUCCAACUUUGUUUAUAUCCACAAAAAUAAGGUCCCGGCUAAUACCUUUAUCACACUAGAAGCAUACCGUGGGAAAGAGAAUGUUGACCCUAUGUUUUCCCAUGAGCGAAAUUUUCAGAAGCAACAGUACUAUUACGGAUAUCCAUCCCAAAACGAGAACGAUAACUAUGGAUACUCAACGAACCCCUUGUCUUAUGCCGCCUCUCAGCAAUCUUGUGACUCUGGUUCCAAUAGGGCUGGCAUUAGGGACACUAUGACCGUUGAUACCAAAGACUUAUUUGGUCAGCAGGCACCAGGAGUUUUCCAGAACGCAUCUCCCAAAAGCCCCAUGGCUGAAAUGGGCCACGAUGACAUUGCUCGGAUGUAUUUUAAUGGCCCGCUAGAGUGA